GCUGUGGGGCAAAACAAUGUCCCAAAAAAGGACAAAUCCUUUAAGAGCAGAGAAAAGAAAGAGGAAGAAGAGGGAAAAAAAAGCCAAGAUAAAGGUACGUUUGCAUGUCAGGGAAUGUUAGUCAAAGAGAUUUGUGAAGGUGUGUGAAAGAUCAACAAUCAAUAUGACUGGCAGAAAUAGAGGGCCGCAAAAUCAAAUUUUGCUAAGAGCCCCAUUAAGGCUUGGGCCUGCUCUGAGAAAACGUGGCACAUUUCAACAACCUGAAGUGAAACUCCGAUCCUCUCAUCAGACUCCUUUACUUUCUCAGUUGAACCACUGACUCAACUUACCCCAGAACUACUAUGAUGACUUCAUUAGUCCUCUAAGCUAAAAUGGUGGACUUUUAUGCUCAGUGUUUGACCUCAUGUUGUAGCUCAUAGAUACCAUAAUUGAUGUAUAAAACAAAUUUAAAAUGAUCUUUGUUGGUCUGAACACAAUUCUCAUAAAACUUAUGACAGACUAAAUUCACUUUCAAGAUUGAAAAAUGUUUUUUUUUUUUGCAAAUACAUUUUUCACCCAUGUGCCUCCAACCUUCACAGACUCCAUGAAUUGAUGCCCAUCCCCUAAAUAUUUGGUCACAUGAUCAAUUUCUUUGACAAUUUCCAAGCAACAGGGAGUGGUUCAAUUUAGCCUCUGGCUCAACUGACACCACUCUCCCCUAAAAGUUGACAACAGUCAGUGGAUGAAGGUCUACAGUGUCUAACAGUGACUUUUUUCUGAUAAAGUAUUAAACAUUAAACAUAAAUGCAUACACUUCGCUCUGAUUGAACCUAAUUUUGAAUAAAACCCCUAAUGAUACCUAAUUCUUGAUUGAAUACGUGCCAUGACAGAAGUUUCAUUUUUAAGAGCGAACUUUACAAGCAGACCCUGAAGCAGACAAAAACCACCUUCUCCUAUGAGUUCUUAAUUCAUCCAAUCAGGAGCCACCAACUCCUUCAACGCUGAUUGGUCGCAAACCUCAGCGUCAUAGGUCGUUCAUACGUGUAUUCACGACGGCGCUCACGUACUUUUCUUCUUCCUCUCUCAUUUUUACGUCGGGAGUUUACGCACCGGUACCCAGCUACGCACGGAAAGAGACGCAAUGACAUGAACGAACCCCAGGAACUGUCCAAGCUAAUGACAAAACCUACUACACUGAGUUAUUCAAGAUGGUUUUGGAAACAAUUUCAAGGAUAAUAAAAGUCCAGCUCCCUGCUUAUCUGAAGAGGCUUCCGCUUCCGGAGACUGUUACCGGUUUUGCAAGGUUGACAGGUAAAAAGCGGCGCAGCUGUGCCGUCCUCCUGACUCCACUGUGAGGGGGACUUCUCAACUCAUUAGGGGCAAUCUUCAGCUCAUAUCGUGGCUUUUUACCAUGGCUAAUGUUUGCAUGCUGACCAAAACUCAUCCUUUGCAGUGUUGUGGAAGACUUACUUAUCUUAAUUUAAAUACUGAGUCAACGUCGACCGGCUACGAAACUUUUACGUAUCGGUUGUUGUCUUUGCUAAAAGUGCAAACAACCAAGUAUGAGAAGUUUAUAAGAGCCGUGACUGCUUCAAAGCCUACAUGAUAGGGAAGUUUUGAUGAUACUCGUUUGACCUUAAACAUACAGAGUCUAUAGUUGUAGCCUGUCCUCUGAGGUGAAAGUGAUAUGUUGAUAAAAGCAACAUUGGUCAUGUGAAUCCGGUUCAGUCCGCCGGACGGCCAAGUGAUGCCUCUACAGGUGAAGGAAAGCAGUCAGUCCUUCAGUGAGAGGAUGUACAUGGGGAUCAGUGUGGAUAGCUUUCAGUUGUAAUGGUUUAAACCUCUUCAAUGUAGAUAAUCAUGAUGGCCUUUUCAGCUGGUUAUUUAUCUAAUUCAUUUUCAGUACUGGAGGAUUUCUAGCAGGUUUGCAUCUGUUGUUUAUUUGAGAAGAAAAAUAACUUCUUUCAAGCAAUGAUCAAUUAAACAUCCUUUAGUGAGACCCUUUGAUUGAGUGUGCAUUUUGACUCCCUAUUUAGUUGAGGAGAUGCACUCAUUCAAAGGUGACACAAAGUGCAAGUAGGGAAGAGUGGGGUAAGAUUAACCUUUUUUCACAUUUGGGAUCACUACAUCAAGGCGAUCAUAGUUUUGUCUCUAACUAGUAUAUCUGCAGAUAUUUCAAGAUGUUGUGCACCCCUGCAAACCAACAGAAUGAGUGUAAACAUAACUGUCUUGAUAAUAUAGCAUGCUAAAAAAGUGGUCUCCUAUGGUCAACUUACGCCGUGUGUGGGGUAAGUUGACCAUAGGAGUGGGGUAAGUUGAGGAGUAGAAGAUAGUUGGGGUAAAUCCCUACUACCCCCUACUCUCUACCCCAGCCCUCCCUCACCUUCUCUUUCCCUAAAUGACAGUCACUUCUUCUCGUUCAUGUAUAUUUUUAUCUAUUAUACACUAUCAAAUAAUGAUUCUUUUUAUUAUUAUUGCAUAUAACUGCCAAAAAAAUGGUGGACUUUUAUGCAAGGUUUUUGACCUCAUGUUGUAGCUCAUAGAUACCACAAUUGAUGUAUAAAACAAAUUUAAAUGAUCUUUUUUGGUCUGAACACAAUUCUAAUAAAACUUAUGACAGACUAAAUUCACUUUCAAGAGGGAAAAAUGUUUUUUGUUUUUUUUUUGUAAAUAAAUGUCUAACCCCUUUAACCAUGUGCUUCUAAUCUUCCCAGACUCCAUAAUUUGAUGCCCAUCUCCUAAAUAUUUGGUCACAUGAUCAAUUUCUUUUACCAUUUACAAGCAACAGGGGGUGGCUCAACUGACCCCACUCUCCCCUAAAAUUUGACAACAGUUAAUAGAUAAACUUCUAAUGUCUCUUUUUUCCCACUCUCCCCUACUGGCUGAUUAUUUAAAUGGAUUUAUCCAAGCUAGAUUUAAAGAAUUAAUUUAUGAUCAGUGCAUCCCUAUGAAUAAAACAAAAACAGAGAGGACUCCCAAACUUUACUCCCCAAAUCAAAAGUUUGUGUCCUAUCACAUGUGGUUUCUAUGACAUCACAAUUAAAAGCUGUUUCAUUAAUAAUUUCCCAGCCAAACAAUCAAAAUACAACAACCUGAGCACAACUGCUGAUACAGGAAACUUAAUAUGACAUGACGUAUUUGAGGUUCCUUUUGGAGCUUAUUGACCAUCACAGUUUGACCUCUUGGCCAACACAGACCCUUACAAAGUGUCAAGUGGAUCCUAAAAAUAGCCCAAAAAGGUUGAAAAGGCCGAGCUAGCCCAGCAGCAGUGACACGCUUAAGUGGCGAUAACCAUGCUAUUUCAGUAGUUCCUCACUGUGCAGCUGAAGAAACCAAUAACAUGGUCGAAAGAUUUUAGUGUUGGGGUACUAAUUGCACAGGCUUAAAGAAGUAGAAGACAAUUUGAUAGUGUCAGAUGAUUUAUUAAAUCCUCAUGUACAUGUGAAAUAUAAUUCCUUAACAGGAUUAAGGAUUAGCAUGUCCCAUUAGGCAUCUGAAUCCUUUGAUUCUGAGUAUUUUAAUUGGCAUAAGAGCAUUAAAAAAAAAGUUAAAGGAGCCAGUGAAUAACUCUCAUCUAAAAGUAAAAUGACGUAACUGAGGCUAAUCCUCACUGCGCUUCACUUGUCGGUCCGCUCCAUGUAUGGUGGAAUGUAUGCCGGGCCUUUCCUAAAACUCUUCAUGGCUCAGUGUGGUAUUUCCCCCCCUGGACAGAUGUCAUAUGAGACAAUUCUUCUCAGAGGUCACCAAGUAAUGCAGCAGAGAUGUAGAUAAGAGGUCAGAUAGAUAUGCAGUUGGUCCAGGAAAUAAAUCUUGUCCCUCCUCUUGUGGUGGUAAAAUAAAGGUAGGUGUAUUCAGAUAUUCAACAUGCAUCAGACACGUUAGCCAUUAAACUAGAAAUUAAACUUUAGUCUUUCAGUCUUAUGUCAAUCAAAAUUUACUUUACAAAACAUCUUGGAAUAAGGAAAAGAAGCUUAUUGCACAGGGUAGCUUUCAGGCACCACUUCUAGUAGCAGCAACAUCGUAUUACUCCCAGUUAGUACCUCAUGUUUGGUUACACGGGUGUGAUCUGCUUUGUUUGUAGUGUCUGAGUGGCUGCGGUUGCUGCCUCUCCUUGGUAUCCUGGCUCUGCUCGGCUAUCUGACCAUUCGUCCAUUCCUGCCCAAGAAGAAGAAGCAGAGAGACAGCCUGAUCAACCUGAAAAUCCAGAAAGAAAACCCGAAAGUGGUCAAUGAGAUAGACAUCGAGGACCUGAACAGCGCGAACGUGUGCUACUGUCGUUGCUGGCGCUCCAAAACUGUAAGUCUAUAGGUUAUUUUUAGAUAUCAUCACAUUAUCAGUAUUUGUGUGAAUAUAACUGAUGUGUUUUAUGAGCUUCUUUUACUUUUACUCUGAUCUACCUAAAUGAGAGCAAUUCAUUUGAAGUUUGUUUUAUGUAUCUCAGGGUCAAAGGGGGAAUUAAGUGUUUGUGUGUCAUGCCUUCAGCUAAUCUGAAGUUGUUUCCUGUUUUUCAGUUUCCUGUUUGUGAUAAGUCACACUUAAAGCACAACGAGCUGACUGGAGACAAUGUGGGACCACUUAUUCUCAAGAAGAAGAUACUAUAGUCGACCUCUGAUGGGAGUUUUCUUUCACCUCUACAGUCUUUAGUUCUUUUUGUUUUUUUAACAGUUUUUUUUUCUUUAAAAUAAUCCUAGUGUUGCCAUAGUGUCAUGCUUUUAUCGGUCAAAGGUUUGGCACACAGUCUUUGCUCAAAGUGGUCCUAAGACACCUCAAAAUGAUAGUUUCCAGACUGGUUACUGUUUUGUACAAUUGCAAAUCCAGCUAAAGUCAUGUUGUCCAACAAACGGGACCACUUUGAGGAGGAAACUUGAAACAAAUCAGCAACGAUGUCUAACAAUAUCAAGUCAAAAUAAGGAUUUUCUCUGAAAAUAACAGUAAACCCUACUAUCAUUCUUUAGUACUGUACCUCUUUAAUUCUGCCAUUGUCUAACAGUCUGUUUAGAGUUUUUUUCCCUCCUGUUUCUGAUUGUUGGUGUGAUAUUAUCAACACCCUGAUCAUUCUCCUUUAAGUUAUUGUGAAUGUAUUGGAGGUCACUUAGUCUUCAUUUGUGUUUUGUUCAAAGCCUUAAACGUUUAAACAUUUCAAACCACUGCAUUGAGGAAUAUAUUGUUGCAUUUUUAAUCUCAUUACCAUGCUGGUGAGGGUGAAUGUCUGCUGCACAGAACUGGCUCUGUAAACUUGUAGUCUCUGUAAAAUCAUGAUGGUUGUAAAUAUUUGACUUCCAGCUGUUUUUUUUUUUUCAUCAGGAAUAUUUUAUACAUAAAUGCCCUUUAUUUCCAAA